CGCAGCCUCGCCCGCCGCCGGUACCGCUCCCGGUGUCCCGGUGUCCCCCGCCCCCGCUCCCGGUGCGUGUCCGCCGCUGACGUCAGCCCGGGCUCCGGGACCGAUAUAACCCCGGACCGCGCCACCGGCUCAGCUCCCGCGGGACGGAUCGGCCACGGCGCCGCCGGCAGAGGCAGGAACGGGGCACGGGCACAGCGCACCGGGAACGGAGGGAGCGAGGAUGCGGCGGGCGCUGCUCACCCUCCUGCUGCUGCUCGCCCGCCCGCCGCCCGCCGCCGCCCGCCCCGCCGCCACCGACGGCUCCAUCCCCGCUCUGGCCGCCGCCACCGGCGCUCGGGAUCCCCCGCUCUGGCCGCCGCUGGAGCUGGAGCUGGAACCGGGGCCGUGGCGAGGSCGGCGGGACGAUCCGCCGCUCUCCAUCGACCUCACUUUCCACCUCCUGCGGCACCUCCUGCUGCUCGCCCGGGCCCAGAGCCAGCGCGCCCGCGCCGAUUCCAACCGCCGCAUCCUCGACGCCGUGGGGCGCUGACCCCGCCCGGGAUAACCGGGAUAACCGGGAUAACCGGGAUAACCGGGGACCCGGACCGCCCGCAGUUCUGGGGUGCACCGCCCUCCCGCCACCGCCUCCGCACCGGGAACGGGCCCCCGCCACCGCCUCUGCACCGGGAACGGGGCCCCGGCACCGGCACCGGCACCGGGACGCGCUGAACCCCCCCAGCCCCGCGCUGAGCCGGGAACGGCCCCGGCACCGCUCCCAAAAAUCCAUUUUGUAAUAAAACGUGGUGGAAAC